ACUUGAUAAACUCCUCCUCGCUUCGCAACCCCGUUGUGUGAUAUUCCUCGGCCCGCGAGACCUCACUCCAGACACAAGCUCAGAACAAGCCAGCAGACAACAUGUCGAGCUUCUACAUUGAGAACAAAGACGUCGGCCAGAAAGGCGCAAGCGAAGACUGGAGAAUCCGUGGUUACAACCCUCUGACCCCACCGGAUCUGCUCCAGCACGAAAUCGCCCAGACCCCAAACUCCAAGAAGACCGUUCUCGAGAGCAGAGAUGAGGUUGUUGCCGUGGUCAAUGGCACAGAUCCCAAGGGUCGCCUGCUCGUCAUCAUCGGCCCUUGCUCGAUUCACGACCCAAAAGCCGCCCUCGAGUACUGUGACAUGCUGCUGAAGGAGAAGGAGAAGUACAAGGACGAGCUACUGAUCGUCAUGCGUGCCUACCUUGAGAAGCCGCGGACCACAGUCGGCUGGAAGGGUCUGAUUAACGAUCCGGAUAUCGACAACAGCUUCAAGAUCAACAAGGGCUUGCGGAUGUCAAGACAGCUCUUUGUCGACCUUACCGACAAGGGAAUGCCAAUUGCCAGCGAGAUGCUCGAUACCAUCUCCCCGCAGUUCACGGCCGACUUGCUGUCCGCCGGCGCUGUUGGUGCCCGCACCACUGAGAGCCAGCUGCACCGCGAGCUCGCCAGCGGUCUGUCCUUCCCCGUGGGCUUCAAGAACGGCACAGACGGCACGCUGGGUGUGGCGAUUGAUGCUAUCGGCGCGGUCCGGCACCCACACCACUUCCUGUCCGUUACCAAGCCGGGUGUUGUUGCCAUUGUAGGCACGGUCGGCAACGAGGACUGCUACGUCAUCUUGCGCGGCGGCACAAAGGGUGUCAACUACGACGCCAAGAGCAUCGCUGAGGCCAAGGCCGCGCUCGAAAAGGCCGGCGUCAACUCACGCCUCAUGGUCGACUGCAGUCACGGCAACUCUUUGAAGGACCACAAGAAUCAGCCCAAGGUAGCCGCCGACCUAGCCUCGCAGAUCGCCAAGGGCGAGACUGGAAUCAUGGGCCUUAUGAUUGAGAGCAACAUCAAUGAGGGCAACCAAAAGGUGCCCAAGGAGGGCCCCGCAGGUCUCAAGUACGGCGUGAGCAUCACAGAUGCUUGCAUUGGCUGGCAAGACACAGAGUCGGUACUGGCUACGCUCGCCGAUGCCGUCAAGGAGCGGAGGAAACUUCAGGGCACGAAUGGCCAGUAGAUUGCGUUGUCACUCUCAAGGAGCACAGACCGUUCUGUGCUUGUAUCAAAACACGGAGGGAAAAAGUUCAGUACACAAUUAAGAUAUCCGGGAGUCUCUGAUUCUCACAUGUACUGGCGCGGCAGCGGCUACGAAGCCCGCACCGAUUU